UGCGGAGACUGGAAGUGGCUUCGGCUGGGAGAUGCUCCUGGCCUCCUCGGCCUUCCGCGGCGGCGUCAUCGGGAAACCGGCAGCAUCCGAGUCCUAACGGCCCCAAAAUGCGUGUGUCACAGAGACAGGCAGAUGUUGACUGACCUUCCCAAGGUGAUAGAGUGGUUUUGGGCCAUCCCCGCCUUGUACCAUGGAGCCAGCAGGCGAGAAGGCAGGCGAGGACGACCGAGUGCGGGUAACACCACAGAUGCUGAAGGCACACUCCGGCGAGUUUGCACUGGACUCCAUCCUGCUGCUGAGGCUGCGGGGCCUGGGCCUGGUGGAUCUGGGCUGCCUGGGCGAGUGCCUGGGUCUUGAGUGGCUGGACCUGUCAGGGAAUGUGCUUACACAGCUGGGCCCACUUGCCUGCCUUCACCAGUUGGCCGUGCUCAACUUGGCUGACAACCGGCUAAGUGGGCUGGAGCCACUGGCCGCCUGUGAGAGUCUGCAGAGGCUUAAUGUGGCUGGCAACCUGCUGGCCACUCCUGGGCAGCUACAGUGCCUGGCUGGGCUGCCGGACCUCCAGGACCUGAGGCUGCGGGACCCAUUGGCUCGGCUCAGCAACCCGCUGUGCGCCACCCCAACCUAUGGCACUGCUGUCCUCAAGCUGCUCCCCCGUCUCAAGGUCAUCGACGGGCAGCGCGUAAACGGCCGAGGCAGUGAUUUCUACCAGCUGUGCCAAGAUCUGGACAGCUCUCUGGGCCCCAGCAGCCCUAGCCCUAAUGUGGCCCCAGCUGCUACAGUCCAUCCCUGGGUGGAUCCCGGAUAUUGGGAAACCUGGCCCAGCCGGAGCAGCUCCAUUCUGGAGGAGGCAUGUCGGCAGUUCCAGGCCACACUGCAGGAGUGUCAUGACCUGGACCGGCAGGCCCAGGACCUCCUAGGUCAGGCCCAGUGUGUGCUGAGCUCCAAGGACGCUCCUUCCUCAUUCGUCUUCUGAAGGUGCCCUGAUCUUCACUGGUGCUUCGUCCCUGCCUCAGGAGCAGCCCCUCACUCAUACAGACACACAUAGACACACAGGCAUGCGCACACACGCCACCAGGGUUCCCAGCUCCUCAUGUACUCUGUCUCUCAGCUUGUGCCUCGGGAAGGGUGGUUGCAUCUCUCUAGGGUUGAUAGCUGGUCCUAGGAGAGGACAGGGACCCUUUGUCGUUUUCCCCAUUUCAUGUCCCCAGAGCUUGUUUUCUCUGUGCUCAUCCAU